AUGAGUGUACUACGCAGUCACCCAUCGCCGCCGGAAACAAUGGAGUCUUUAAUCCUCCAACUGCACGACAUUGCCGCCGUGAAGUUCGGAAACUUCAAGCUCAAGUCCGGCAUCUUCUCCCCAAUCUACAUCGAUCUCCGCCUCAUCGUCUCUUACCCUUCCCUGCUCAGCCAAAUUUCCCAAACCCUCGUUUCCAUCCUCCCGUCCUCCACGAAGUAUGAUGUCGUUUGUGGGGUACCCUACACCGCCCUCCCCAUUGCCACCUGCAUCUCAACUGCCUCUAACAUUCCCAUGCUUAUGCGCCGUAAGGAGAUUAAAGACUAUGGCACCGCCAAGGCCAUUGAGGGUGCUUUUGAGCCCAAUCAAGUUUGUCUCAUCAUUGAGGAUCUUGUUACUAGCGGCGCCUCCGUUCUCGAGACGGCGGCGCCUCUUCGUGCUGCGGGACUUAAAAUCAAUGACGCUGUCGUACUGAUAGAUCGGGAACAAGGAGGGAGGGAGAAUUUGGCAGAAAAUGGCAUCAGACUACAUGCAAUGGUGAAGCUGACGGAUAUGGUGAGGAUAUUGAAGGAGAAGGGGAGAGUUUCAGAGGAGACGGAGAAGAUGGUUCUGAAAUUCUUGGAGGAUAAUAGAAAGGUUUCGGUGCCGGUAGUAGCAGCUCAAAAGAAGGUUAAAGUCAGAAUUCCAUAUGGAGAGAGGGCAAAGAUGUCAAAGAAUUUGACGGGGAAGAAAUUGUUCGAGAUAAUGGUGCAAAAGGAGACUAACUUGUGUUUGGCUGCUGAUGUUGGCACUGUGGCUGAGUUGCUUGACAUUGCUGACAAGGUUGGACCUGAAAUCUGCAUGUUGAAAACACACGUGGAUAUAUUUCCGGAUUUCACACCUGACUUUGGAUCUAAACUUCGAGCUAUUGCAGAUAAACAUAAUUUCUUAAUCUUUGAAGAUCGCAAGUUUGCUGACAUCGGUAACACGGUCACCAUGCAGUAUGAAGGGGGCAUCUUCCGUAUAUUAGACUGGGCAGAUAUAGUAAAUGCUCAUAUUAUUUCAGGUCCUGGAAUUGUGGACGGGCUAAAAUUGAAGGGUUUACCCCGUGGUAGUGGCCUGCUGCUGCUUGCUGAAAUGAGUUCAUCUGGUAACCUUGCCAAGGGUGAUUACACUGCUGCAGCUGUGAAAAUUGCUGAAGAACAUUCUGAUUUUGUUAUUGGUUUCAUCUCUGUCAAUCCUGCAUCAUGGCCUUGUGGUCCAGGAAAUCCGUCCCUUAUUCAUGCAACCCCAGGUGUUCAAAUGGUAAAAGGUGGAGAUGCUCUAGGACAGCAGUAUAACACACCAUAUUCUGUCAUUUCUGAAAGAGGCAGUGAUAUCAUAAUUGUUGGCCGUGGAAUCAUAAAGGCAACAAAUCCUGCAGAAGCAGCCCGGGAGUAUAGGCUUCAAGGAUGGGAAGCCUAUCUCGAAAAUUGCAAGUGA